UUUUUUUUUUUUCUUUUAUCUUUAGUUCUUCUUUAACUUUUCAUUUCUUAUACCCUUAAAACACCUUCCAUUCCCUUUUAAUAAACGUCUUUUUUUUUCUUUAUCUUAUUUUGCCACUUAAUUCAUUUUUAAUGAUAAAAAGGACCAAGUGGCGACUCUCUUUUUUCUUUCUACUUGUAUCAACUUUAUUCUUUUUAAUAGUUGAUGCGAGUCAAGAAAGUAAGUGCUAAUAGUUACGGAAUUAGAUUGGAGUCCUUAAUAUUUGUGUAUAUUAUAGAUAAAGAUAAUACAAAGUUAACUACUACUCAACAUCAUAUUACCAGAAGUAAACAUCGAAAACAUCAUCACAGCACUUUCUCUAGGACCACUAAAACGAUCAGAAAUUGCUCUUUGGCUUCAAUUCAACGUAAACGUUUAUUACAAAGUAAAAAAUCAUCAUCUUCUUCUUCAUUAUCUCAUGCUCAAACUAUUUUUGUAUGUAUUCAUGGAAAAAAAAGUACGAAAACAAAACAUCAUACGACCACAAAGAAAGUCAGCCAUAAGAAAGAUAAUUCCGAAUUAGCUACAAAAAAGAAAAAGCAUCAUCAUCAUAGCUUAAAGAAGACGAUAACAAAGAAUAAAUCCCAUCAUAACUCAACAAAUUCAAAGAAAAAGCAAUUUAAAUCAAAAAAGACUAGUUCACAUAAAUCGAAGCAAACUAAUAUUAAAAAAGUUACAGUUACGACAAUUCGACUUGAUAAUAAAACUCGUACAACCUCAAGUGCUGCUGUUGCUGCUGCUGCUGCUACUACUACUACUACUGCUACUGAUUCAGAAGGAUUUAUUCCCCCACCACCUAUCUCUUAUAGUCAAACUUAUAAAGAAGAAGAAGAAGAAGAUGCUUAUGAUACAAAUGAUAUAGAUAACACAACUACUAUUGUACAAUUUUCUGAGAAUGACGAUAAUAGCUCAAAUGAACCCACACUUCCCACUACUACAACAGAUUCAACUAUAGCAAACCCUUUGUCUUCUACAGCACCCAUUGAUAAUAAUAAUCAAGUUGCUGUUCAAAGCGUUCAGAAUGGAAAGGAGAUUGAAAACGAACCACAAAGUAAGAUAGUUGGGGUCUCUGUUGGUGCCGUUGUUGGCUGUUUGGCUGCAGCCGGACUCGCUGGCAUGUUCAUCUACAAACGUAAACAAAGGGCAAAUAAGGAACAAGAUGAAAUACAAGAGACUGAACAAAUCAACACACGUUGGCGUACUCAGUCAUUUAUGGCUGUCGUCGCAGGAGCUGUAGCCAAACUACCGCAUCGGAAUAAUUCAUCGUCUAGCGCUCAUAAGAGAGGGGGUGGUGUUUUAGGAAGUAUUCGUCGAGCUGCGAGUAAUGCAUCACGUUCAUUAUCGGUAAGAUCCAAUAAAAGUAGUAGUUCAAGUGUUCAAAGUUAUGGUAUCGCUGUUUCCGGUCCUAUACCAGCUAUUGCUCGUAUUGAUGGUGAUCAAACUCAGUACUAUAAUGAACCCUCAAGUUCAUCUAAUCAAAAUGCACUUGGAUAUCAUGCGCAUGCUUACUAGAACUUUUUUAAAUAAAUAUAUUUAUAUAAAUAUAUAUAAGGAAACAAGAAUAAAUUGACCAAAAAAAAAAAAAUUCUUCAAUAUAUUAGCAAUAAAGUAACAGUAUAGGAAUAAAAGAUACAUAUUAUUUAUGUAUAUAAUU